GCCACCAAUAAAUAUAGCUGCAAGCAGCAAUGAGGUGGCCAAGCAGAUCAAGUGACCCAAAAAACAACAUAGAUAUUGUCUGAACAGUGCCAUAAAUAGACCUACCAAGUUUGUUGUCAAUUCAUGAAAGACUUUCUAAGAUAAGGCUACCUCAUUGUCUGGUUGUUUUUGAUAUGAGGACCAAUGGUUGGGCAAAUUGGGUGGGCUUUUUGUUCAUUCAGAUUAUAUUUAAGUACUUUACCCUGAUCAUCAGGGUCAAAACACAGUACAUUCUGUCAUUUUUAGACGUAAGAUGUAAGACUCUUUGUAAGGCUGCAAAUACUCAUAUUAUUGUAGUCAGGAUGGCACGCUCAAUCCUUUCCUGUAGCUCCAGUGCCCUGUAUGUUGUAUGAGAUGUUUCCUUGUUCCAACACAUUUUAUUCAAAUGAAUGCUGUCAUCAGAAGCCUGCUUACAAGCCCAUUCAGUUUGAAUCAGGUGUGUUGGAAGAGCUAAACUUAUAAAACAUGUGACAGGUUCCCCAGGACCAGGGUUGAUAAUGGAUAUUCAUUCCAGGGGUGUUCAACCCUGGUCGUCAGUACCCACUGUUCUGUGUUUUUGGUGUUUCCCUUCUAUAACACACAUGAUUGAAAUGAUUGGGUUGUUAUCAAGCUCUGUGGAGGCCUGAUAACGAGCAUAAACUUGAAUGAGGAGUGCUGAAUUCACUAAAAUUCACAAAUGAUAGAAAGGUUGCAAACACAAAGGGCCAUAAUGCAAACCAAUAACAUGAGAGAUAUUAACAUUUAAAAAAAUAUGGACCAAAAAUGCCAUAAUGUCUGCAAUAGACACUAAUUGAAGCAUGCAACUUAGAAGGACAGAAAGAAAGGUAGACAUCACACAAACACAUCAAAGUCAAAACGGACGGGUUCAUAUUCUGGAAUGUGUCUGAUCAUACAAUCAAGAGGUUUUCUCAGGAAGGAUUCUCACCCUCACUCAAAAUUAAACUGGACACUGUGUACUAUGUUUAUACAGGUAAUUAAGCACUAUUGUCUCUUGCCUGUGCUCUUAUUACAGAUAUUUUUUAUAUCUGGGUGAAAUUGACCAGAAAGGCUAUUUAUACAAAAAAAGUUUCAUUAUCAAAAUGUCCAUCUUCGUCAUUUUUAGCAGUUUCUUUAAUGAAAUAUUGGGGAUAUCAUUAAAUUCACUCAAAUUCGCAAAUGAUAGGAAGGUUGCAAACACAGAGGGCAAAAUUUAAAAAAAUAUGGACCAAAAUGCCAUAAUGUCUGCAAUAGACAAUAACAAAGCAUGCAAAUCAAAAGCACAGACAGAAAGCAGGUAGACAUCAAACACACACAAACACAUCAAAGUCAAAAAGUCUGGGCCAGGGAUCAAGUUUCAGACAUGUCUGGCUUGAAAUGAACAAAGUAACAAAUGCUGUUAUAUUUGCAGCUUAUAAAUACUUCCACUGCAGCGCAGUUUUAAAAAGAGACGCGCCAAGGAGAGGUCACACCUGAGAAGCAUCACUUAAUUAUUAGUAGGUCGUAAUAGGAUAAUGGCUAGCCCCUCGAAACAACCUAGAAAGGAUGACGAUAGCAUAGUGGGAUAUUUGCACUGUGUGUCACCGGUGAAAACUUCGAGGCGGAAUCUCCGCUACUUCGAGGCGACCCUACAGACCGGCCGAGAGGAAUACCACAGAGUGGUAGCAUUUUCGGUAGACAAGAGGAUCCCGUUUACGCAAGCUUCGCAAAACAACAGCCCAGUGAAGCUGGCGAACGUCAGGAGAGGCCUCAGUUACUCCGAUCCCAGUGGCUUCGACGUUCUCUGUUCAAAUAGCACCACUGUGGAGGUGGUGGAGGACGUGGCUUUCUUCCCGAGAGAGCCUCGAAGCAUGGGACAGAUGACCAUCGAGGAGGUGCUGCGCCUUGGACCAAGACAGCGCGUGGGUGUGGUGGAUGCCAAGAUCCUGCCAGAGGGUACUGUGAGCAGAGUGGUACCUGUUGACGGGGUCCAGUGCGAGUUGAAGGAGCUUCAGAUCUGCGAUCCCACUGGCCAGACAACUCUCACACUCUGGGAGAAACUGAUUCUGACUGUCGAAGUAGGCAAGUCGUACAAGCUGGCCAACUUGUCCACCAGGAAAGCCGGUGACCGUACGGUUCUAACUACCACUCAAACGACAACGGUUAGCGAAAUUUCGGCCGUCGGAGAACCGGAGUCAGUCGAGGUCCAUGGAGAUGACCGCCAGGACACAUCGAUCGUCCGUGGAACUGUGACCGGGGUGCAGAUAAGCGCCAAACACCGUUGUAGGAGAUGCCACACCAGUCAAGAGCCGUUUGUGAGUCGCUCGUUAACGCACAGAUGCCAGCGCUGCAAGCUCUUACAAAAAGCCAGCUCCUUCGUGGCUUCCUACAGCGGAGUCUUGCUGCUGAUGACCAGCGAUGGCCAAGAGCAGUCGCCGAUGUUCACAAACUCUGCUCUUUCUGCCUACUUGAAAGAGAAGGACAUUGGCGAUUCCAUGGGGGACUUGCAGGUCAUCGAAGAGCAUUUCCUCAGUGUUGGUGACGUUGAGUUGUCUGUCAACGCAGAGGGGCUGAUCGUUUCUGUAAAAGAUAUCGUAAGCGAAAAGGGUAGUCCAGAGUGUGAAGCAACAGGCUUUGCAGAGGGGAUGGAUGAGUUAUUUUUAAAGGAUGAUAAGUUAAAUGCCUGAACUUUUCGUUUUUUUUAUGUUAGCCUAGGUAUUGGGAUUAUUAGCCUACUAUUUCUUUAAUGUGUUGAUAGCCUAGGCUACUGCCACCUGACCUGUUUUGUUUUGUUGGUUAGCCGAUGUUUUCAUCUCCUAAUAUUAGGCUGUUUACAACUGUAGGCUAUAUUAGCCAGUGAUAGGCUAAUUGUUAAUUUUCAAUAGUUUGUAUUAGUAUUUUGCAUUUUUUCACUUUGAAGGCAACUCUUGUUACAGUUCGUAAAGUUUCUUGUUAAACAGAUUUCAUUUCUAAUGUCUCCAUAUUGUUUUAGUUGUUUUCCUGUUUGAGGAUUUUCGCUAAUAAAGUCAAAGAACUUAUAUUGUACUAUUUGAUAAAGUUCACCAGUUGUGUCACU